AUGGAUGGUAGAGUGGCCUACACUUCCAACCCCGGGAGGGAGGGUUACACUGUUGCAAAGGACUUCGGAUCGAUCAGCCUGACGUACUUUAUUUUAAAGACGCUGGAGACGCAGGUUGAGAGAUAUAUACGGGGUGAGGUACUUUUGGCUUCACCGCUACACAGAGGGCAGCAUGCUUUUCAGGCUGGCUGCUCGGUAGGGACGGCACUCCAUGCUGCUGUGGCGAAAUUGGAGCAGCAGUUGGAACAAAAGGGGUAUGCUGUGGGAACGUUCUUGGAUAAAGAGGGUGCCUUCCCCUCUAGAAGUCAUUCCCCUCUAGAAGUCAUCUGUUGGGAGGCUUUGAGGUGUGGUGUACCAAACCAGCUGGUAAGCUGGUUAGGAAGUAUGUUACGCCGAAGGAGACUCGAAACCAGAUAG